AUGGCCUACCGCAACGGCGUGCCCCACUCCGGCCAGUCGCCUUUGCCUCAGGCUCGUGCGCUGCCGCAGGUCCAGCAGCCCACCAACCAGAUGGCUUACGGUGCCCAGUAUGCUGCUCCCAUGGGUUACAACAUGAACCUCGCCUCCAACCACGGACCGGUCGGAUACGGCUACAGCGCUGCUGGUCAAGGUGGCUUUGCUCAAAGUCAAGCCUACGCUCAACAGGCCUCGGCCGCACACCAAUACCAGACUCCCGCUCAUCUCCAAGCUCAGAUCCAUCAGGCGGCCAUCGCUGCACAGGCACAAGCUCCUCCAUCUCAGCUCCAGCAUCCCGCCAUGUCUCAAGCCGCACAGCUUCAGCAGCAGCAGAUCGCCGCUUCCCAACAGCACAAUUUGCAAGCUCCAAACUCUGGCUACUCUCAACAGCGCGGAGGCUCGCCCAUCAACCGAUCUCCGUCCCCUUCUGCCCGUCCGCUCAACGCUGCGCCAAGGAGUCCACAGCCCUUCGGCCAGGCUCAGACCUACUCGCAGCAACAGCAGUAUUAUCAACAACAACAGCAGCAACAUUAUCAGCAACAGCAACAGCAGUAUGCCCAAGCCGGCGGCUCCACUUCGCCAAAUCCCGCCAAUGAAAAGCCCGCCGACUACGUCUACUUUGAGCGUUCCACCAAUGGCAUGCAGAAAUCCACCAUCGAGGCUGCCACGGGCGCCAAGCUCAAGCUUGAAAACUUCUACAAGGUGUACGUGGAGCAGGCUGUUGAGCGCAUCAAACGUGCUGCUGAGCUUGAGGACCGUCUCACCAACCCACCGGACGGUGUCCAUCUCUCGGAUGAGCGCAAAGCGCGUCAGCUGGCCCAGCUCGGUCGUCGCGAAUCCAACUUCUUGCGUUUGCGAAGAACCCGCCUUGGCCUCGACGACUUCCGCACCGUCAAGGUCAUCGGUAAGGGUGCAUUCGGUGAGGUGCGAUUGGUGCAGAAGACCGACACGGGCAAGAUCUACGCCAUGAAGACGUUGCGUAAGAGCGAGAUGUUCAAAAAGGACCAGCUGGCGCACGUGCGCGCAGAGAGGGAUGUACUAGCAGAGAGCAACUCGCCAUGGGUCGUUCAGCUCUAUUACUCGUUCCAGGACACGGCCUAUCUGUACCUGCUCAUGGAAUUCUUGCCAGGUGGCGAUCUCAUGACCAUGCUUAUCAAGUACGACACCUUCUCGGAGGAUGUCACGCGUUUCUACAUGGCCGAGUGCGUGCUUGCGCUCGAGGGCAUUCACAAGCUCGGCUUCAUUCACCGUGAUAUCAAGCCGGACAACAUCCUUAUCGACGCCCGAGGUCACAUCAAGCUGUCGGACUUCGGUCUCUCGACCGGUUUUCACAAGCAGCACGAUUCGGCCUACUACCAACGUUUGUUUGAAGGCACGGCCGGCCAGAACCCUGCACAGACCGGUCGCAACUCGGUCGCUGUCAACUCGAUCAACCUCACGCUGUCGUCCAAGGACACCAUCGCUACAUGGAAGGCCAACCGUCGCAAACUCGCUUACUCGACCGUUGGCACGCCGGACUACAUCGCCCCCGAGAUCUUCCUGCAGCAAGGUUAUGGGAAUGAGUGUGACUGGUGGAGUUUGGGCGCCAUCAUGUUUGAGUGUCUGUGCGGCUAUCCGCCGUUCUGUUCGGAAAACGCACACGAUACUUACCGCAAGAUUCUGGCGUGGAGGGAGACGCUCCAGUUCCCGGAUGACAUCCACCUUUCUCCAGAGGCAGAGGACAUGAUUCGACGUUUGAUUACCGCUCCCGAGAACCGUUUAGGUCGAAACAGCGCUACGGAGAUCAAGGACCAUCCGUUCUUCGCCGGUGUAGAUUGGUCUACUAUCCGUCAGAUCGACGCGCCUUUCAUUCCGCAGCUCAAGAGCAUCACCGAUACCAGCUACUUCCCGACCGAGGACUACCAGGACGUUCCGGAGACGCCGGCGGGCGCGGAUAUCGGUGUCGGCAGCAAGGAUCUUGCUUUCCUGGGCUACACGUACAGGCGAUACGAGAGCAACGAGACUGUGCUCUAA